AUGGCGCAGGUUACGAUUUACUAUUUAGCAACAUGGACAUACAAUGGCGUUGCUCAAGGUCGAGUAGCCUCCAACGCGGUGACAAGAGGUCUUGCAACAGGAGGCCAGUUCGCCGAUAUUAAUACUGAGGAUGGCGAUCUCGUACUCACGGCCGAAGACGCAAACGCGAGUCCAACAACAUUCCGGACUGCUGUCCCGUUGUUUGUGACCAACGCUACGGACAGCACUACCUCGGUCGGCGUCGUCACUGAGUGCACUGAGUUCACAAUCAAUGCGCGCGAAAAUGAGGCUGCUCCGUCCAGCUGCGACGCGAGAUCCGAGGCCAGUAUAGUAUCUUCAGCGAGCACGACCUUAACAUCAACAGACGCGACCAGUAGCGCGCUUUCAUCGAACGGCGCUUCGGCGGAGACAACUACGAUCAGCAACGUUCCAACCAAUUCCAACGCCACCAGUCCAACCACGGCUUCACGAAGUCCAAGUCCAACUACGACUCAGACCUCAGGCAUCACAAACGCAGAAGCAGCUGGUGUCGGCAUCGGAUCUGCUGUACUUGGGGCGUUACUUGCCGCUGCGAUCGUGUUCUGCCUGAUGCGUAGGAGGCGUAAACAUACCGCGCCGAGAGGAACACCCUCGAAUACUGCGCGAGGUGUACCAUCUGCCGCACCAACAGAUGGCUCAAGUCUGGGCAAAUACGACAACAAAGGAGAUGCCGUGAGUGCAUUAUCCCCCUGCGCUGCAGAUAUGGAUCUCCCGCCGCCCGAGGAAGACCGCGCUAUCGCAGGGAGCAUAUCGAGGCUUGAGACAAUGAUCAAAAACCAUGCCCAGAGUUUCUAUGCUGGAAGUCAAGAUUUCGGCGUGCCGCUCGCAGGCGAUCCCCUCAGCAACCAUCUGCAACAGCUACUUGGCAAUCGUGCGCCCAUCAAAGCAGAAGCUAUGAUGACCCUACUGGCGAAGUCAAGAUCCAGAGUUGGCGCAGUCCGCUUCCUGCUGGCUUGGACGAUUUUGGAGAGUGUUGAUGUUCACGCACUGCCUGAGCACUCACUUCUACCACCUGAGCUGAUCGGUUUCGUGCGAACUUCACAGUCAAUCGUCAAAGAUCAACCUGCGUUAUAUUCCAGAUGGCGCUUCUACUCAGGGCUAUUACUUCGCCAUUUUUACGGGUCGAAAACACUGCCUGCAGCUGACGUGCGGCAGCAAAUUAUCAGCAAGACCGUAGCCCGACUUGAUCUCGUCCUGAGAUCCUUCGCUACCAUGCGGACUACCUCAAAUGCAGAGCAGACCAGGGAACAGAACAUGGAAGAGAUCGUCAGACUUGGAGCUCAAAGCGGCUAUACACUGUUCAUCCAGCCUACGACUUGGAAGCUCGAAUGGACGGAUCGUCGCGUGCACAGCGACAAUGAGUUGGUCGUUUUCCCUGCCCUGUUCAAGAUCGGCGAUGAACAAGGCCGCAUGUACACGCCAGAUAUGUACCAUGCAUUCGGACACAGCCAGACAAUGGAUGUUGGAAGGGUGCUGAGGUAA